CUCUCCAAGACGGACCUGCCGCCAACGAUGGCGACGGCGAUAGAGGUUGCAGCGAUGGAAGCAAUCCGAGCUGCAAACGAAUUUGCAUCCUCGGACCACUCAGGUACCAAGUCCCCGACACAACGGCCGCAAACUGCAGUCGGACCACGAGAGCGUCUCGAGAAAGCAACAGCAACCUUCUACCGCAAACACCAUACCGCUGCAGAUGGCGCUGCGACAAUUGCACCAGCUCUGACAGGAAUCUCCCCAGGCGCAGCAUCUCGCUCGUGCCGGACGAUCCAGGCAUGGUUAACUGGCGAAACCCAUGCCGAGUCGCUACGGCACAUGCAAACACAAGUCGACAACGACACGAAAGCGCUAUUGAUCAAGUCUUCUAACGAUGUCGCUCUUCCCUUUGACUUUUCUCAACCUGACCUGCAGUUGCUCCGAGAUGCUUUAAAGGACAGGACGACCAUGUAUCUUCGCGACUUGUACCAAAGUUUCCGCGCUUUCCGCCAAUCGAUCAUGUCGAACUCAUCGCUUUCGCCGCAACUCGACGCCAUGUUUCAAUCAAGUCAUCGAUUUCACGCGCAAGCCGACGUGCUGGCACAGCUCUUUCCAGGCCACUCCUUGGACAAAGGGCGACAGACAGAAGUGGCGUCGCUCUCGAAGCACCACGUCAUGCUGAUGCUCACGCACUGCGAUACGGAUGGAAACAGUUCUGUGGACAUGCAUGUCUUUCUGCACUUGGUUCAAACCGUAGCUGCUUCGCGCGAGACUUUACUGAGCAACGUUUUUCAAGCGAUCGCGCUCCAUGCGGCACUGGACAACAAAAGUGCCAACGCCAGCCAUCCCGACCGUGUCUUGCGCAUCCUAAAACUUGUCUCCAUGGUCCGCGACGUGGAAGCUCUCAAACAAUCGCGUCCCGACACGGGUCCCGUCAUAGCCUGGCUUCAGUCACACACGGCGCCGACAAUGACGCGACUCGCCUGGAUGCAGUUUCAUCGGGUGCAGAGCGAUCGCUUCGACUCGGACGCAGACUUUGUACUGUUCUUGGACAACGUGUGGGGGUUCUUGACCCGUCGCCAUGCAGACAUCGACGACGACGCCAUGGCGCACUACAAAUCCCUUCUGGCUCGACGGGCCGACGUCCUGGCGGCGUCUCAUGCUCUCUGUCGACGUGGCAAACUGUGCGAAACGUUAGCAAAUACCAUUGCAAAAGUGGACAAGAUCAAUCAAGACCUGAUGACACGAGCCAAAACAAUGACGACGGUGGCACUUUCAGGACAUCAGCUCCACACAACAUCGACAGCGGUGGUGGAAAAAGUCGUCCAAACCUUGGCUCACGUCACCGUCGUCACGAUCAUGCCGCUCGCAAGCACCGUCCCCGAAGCAUUUGUGUGUGCCGGCGCUGUGGAGCUCGAUGUUUCCAACGUGGGUUUGACAGCACUCCCCACUUCGCUGGGACGGAUGGUCCACUUGCAUAAACUGUUGGCGUCUCACAAUCAACUCACAACGUUGCCAGCAUCGGCGGCUCACCUCGUCCAUCUGACACAUGUCAACUUGUCGGGAAAUAAAUUGUCCGUCGUACCAGCGGUGAUGGAGCAUUGGAAGGACGUGAACGAGGUCAACUUGGCCGCGAACAACCUCGUCUCUGUCCCCGACAUCUUGUUUCGGCACUGGCCUAAGCUGACCAGCCUCACUCUUCAUGACAACCGACUAGCGGCGCUUCCAGAAGCUCUCGGAACGUGUUGUACAAACCUGUCGGUGCUCUUGUGCCACCGCAACUGCCUCACAUCGCUACCGUCGACCGUGGCGCAGCUCGUCAAGCUGACUGUCGCCACGUGGCAUCACAACCAUCUCGACAACAUCUUCCAGACCACGGAUUCGACCAAGGCGACGUCGCUCCAGCGACUCGAAUCCGUCACGACAUUCACCCUGGCACACAACAGACUGCGACAUGUGCCCGCUGCCGCUGCGUUUACAUCGCUGAAGGUUUUGCGAGUGUGCGAUCUGAGCCACAACGACCUCCACGAUAUCCAGGACGUGGAUUUCUCUACUCUCGUCGCUUGCGUGGAGGUGAACUUGCGCCGGAAUCGCCUCGUGCACUUGCCGUCGUCGAUCUUUCGCAUGGCCAACUUGGUCCACCUCUCGGUGCAGGGGAACGUGUUGGUGGCGCUUCCACAAGAAAUGGCGACCGCGCCAUCUCUCGAGACAGUGCUCGCCCACACGAACCAUAUUGCAAAGCUUCCCACGGUGCUAAACAGGACGCUUCGCCUUCUCGACGUGAGCCACAAUCGCAUCACCACGAUCCCGCUGACGUGGGCGACGUCGUUGAGCCACCGAACUCACGGGGCCACGGGGCCAUUGGUGCUGCAAACCCUGAAGCUAGACGACAAUCCGCUGGAAAAUGACGUGCAACACGUCGUGGACACCCAAGCGUACACUUGUCAUGCGCAUGUGGCACUGACAACGGCGAUUCGAAAGCUCGUCGACUAUGUCCAACGCACAACAACGCAUCGGUCUAAAGCAGACUUUACAACGAACCAACGUGCGAGCACCAACGACCGCAAAACGUACAGCUUGCGAGUUCGGAAAGGCAGAGGAAAAGUUGCCACCGAAUACGUGGACUGGGCAUUUCGAGACGUGGCGACUCGACAGCAGCAGCAGAACGGGGCGACGGUGUCAGCCGUGGUGUUUCGACGAAUUCUUAUGGCGUUGGGGACCCCAUGGACGAGUCUCGAAUGGCAUCACAUCCUGCACGAGUUCCAAUUGACGGGCGCCACUACGACGACGGACGCGCAGGUCGACGUCGAGCGAUUCCUCAAAGCACUGGAAGGCAUCCAGAGCCCCAAGGCGAGCACCAGCUUUGCGGAAGGACUGCUCAUGUGCUUGUUGGACAAGGCGCCAAAAUCCAAGCAGCACCAGCCGCCCCCGGCACCAACGAUGUCGGCUAAAACCUCCCCUCCGGCCACGGCGACAACGGCAGUGACGAUGACUCUCGAGCCCGCCAUAGCCAAAGUGGUCACGCAAACAAAGUCGCUUCCUAGGGCAGAUGGCAAUCCAAAUCAAUCGAGACCACUCACUGCACCACCCGAGGGCAAACAUCAAGUGCUUUGUCCGUCCGUCGCACUGCUGACAACCAAAACAGACGCGGCGGAAGGCCCGAGAAACAAACUGUCCCCACACGAUCGCGUUCGAGUGAAUCAGAGCGUGGUCGACCGGCAGCGACAGCGGUUGCGUGUUUUGGAGCAGCAGCUCGAAGAUUUCUUGGCGAUUCAAACGAGUUCGCAACGACUUUCGGCGCCGAAGAAAAACAUAUCAGAACGCCCCCAAUCUGCAACAGUGGCAUGCUCCUUUCGAGUGUAUUGCAUGACGAGUCGUCGAAGGUUUCACAUCCCGUGGAAGCCCCACAUCAAAUCGGCGAUUGAUCUGAAGUUGGCGAUCGAGUUGGCGGAAGGGAUCCCCACAGCCAACCAAAUUUUGAUCGUGUCCAGUGGCUCCCAACGCGUUCGCCUCCAAGACGACCAGAUUGUCGACAAGCCAACGUCCACGUCAUCUCGUAUCCAGUUGGUCGUGGGGGAGUCCUUGCAGCCCACCCUGCCACGUGAGGGAGGGAGUUGAGACCGACGACGACGCAGGAACUUCGAUCGCCAUGUCCUUGACGAAUUGGAGGAUUUUCCCUUGCUGCGCUUGCAGGGUUUGGAUGAGCACAUGCAUGUCCUUGUUUUGCUCCAGUAGUGCCGCCAACAUGUCUUGGUGGUCACGAUAUUGCUGCACUGGCACGGCGACGAAAGAUGCUGGCGGUAAUGUCGAGAAUGUCGUCGGGUCGAAGUGUAAUCUGCAUGGCGGCGGUGAAGACGCAGCCUGCGAGUGCAUGAGUGGCGUCCGAAACACGCAGCAUGCUGGGUUGUGAAUGUUGUCGGGGUCGGAUGCUAUUGUUGGAUUGAACGUGGUGCCUGCGGCGGGUUGGUUCACUGUUGGGAUGGAUGUGGCCACUGUUGGUGUAUCCAUAGAAGGCGCUGGAGGAGGUGUGGGAGAUGAAGGGCGGAUAGGUUUGUCUUCUUCGUCGCCGACAGAGACUGGACGAAGACCUGUCCGUUGGGGUUCUAAGGCAGGUGGUGGCGGAGGUAGAUCAUCGUCGCCGUCGUCGUCGAUGAGGGCAUCAUCUCGGAAUCCCU